UCAAUAGGACCUCUCUUCUCUUAUUAUUUUCUCCCUCUAAAAAAAAAAACUCUUCUUCUCUCUCAACAAUAAACUUUGAUAAAACUAUAGGUUAUAACAUUUUAUCCCAAAGUUCAUAUUUUUAUUUUUUAAUUUCUUGAAAGAACAUGGGGAGACAACCUUGUUGUGACAAAAAUGAAGUGAAAAAAGGUCCAUGGUCAUCUGAGGAAGACAAGAAGCUUACUAAUUUCAUCCUUAAUAAUGGUCAAUGUUGUUGGAGAUCUCUCCCUAAACUUGCAGGACUAUUGAGAUGUGGAAAGAGUUGUAGAUUGAGAUGGACAAAUUAUCUAAGACCAGAUUUGAAAAGGGGACUUUUAUCAGAAUAUGAAGAGAAAAUGGUUAUUGAUCUUCAUGCUCAACUUGGCAAUAGGUGGUCUAAAAUUGCUUCUCAUUUACCAGGAAGAACUGAUAAUGAAAUUAAGAAUCAUUGGAAUACACAUAUUAAGAAGAAGCUCAAGAAAAUGGGGAUUGAUCCAACGACUCACAAUCCAAUUACUAGUGACCAACUAACAAAAAAUCAACCAAUUAUUCAACAAGAAACACAAAUUCCUAUAGAGGAACCACUCGUAGAAAUCAAGUCAGAAGAAAACAAGAACAUUGGAACGACGAUAUCAACAACAAUUACGUCUCAGUCUCAAACAAAUUUGAGUCCGCGAGUAAAUGAGAACGUUGGGACAUGCCCAAAAAACAUCAACUCAAUUGAUGAAGUCAUGAAUGAUGACUUUUGUACUAAUGAAGUCCCCUUAAUUUCACCAAAUGAAAUUUUAGUCCCUCAUGUAUCAACAACAACAUCAUCAACAUCUUCAUUUUCUUCUCAAUCAUCCAUCAAUAUUCUUGAAGACUUUUUGCCAAAUUGGCAAUGUGAUUUCAACAUGGAAAUUAGUUGGGCUGAUGAUGAUUUUAGAAGCACUUUGGAUUAUUUACUCAAUGAUGAUGAUGUUAGUGACAUGAACAACACCACCAUUUCUCAAGAUUGGUCACAAGUGUUGGAAGUUUGAGACUACUAUUAAAAAAAACGUGAAUUUUCGAUAAACAUUCCAUUAAAAAUAUAAUAUUUCUUCUCUGAAAAGUUCGUUGAAAAUUAAAAUUCACAUGUUUUUAAUACUGUGAUUAAUAUUUCAAAGGAGAGCAAAAUUAAGCUCUUUCUUUUGAUUGACCAAUCACUUCUUCUUUUUUUUUGUAUUGUUUAUAGAAGUUUAGAUGGUAGAGUUGUUACUAUAGU